AUGAGCGCCGUCGAUCCAACCUACCCGCUGUAUCCUGUCGCCUGCGCGCUAUCCGCCGCGAUGCUACUUUUAGUGUUGCUCGUCAACUUCACCCGAUCAUCGAGCUGGAACUUGGGGGUACAGUUCUUGUGCUUCUGGCUGUGUCUCGAAAACGCCACAUCGGCCGCGAACGCCAUUAUAUGGGCGGAUAACGCCGAAAUAAAACUGUACGUGUAUUGCGACAUUGUUUCUCAUUUACGAGUGAUCACAUACGUUGUCAAGCCCAUGGCAACGCUCAUCAUCACACGACGACUCUACUCGAUCGCGAAUGUGCAGUCAGUGGGGUUCCCUAGCAAAAUUAUGAGACGAUGGGAGCUAUGCGUAGAGUGGACUCUGGGCCUCAUAAUCCCCUUAUUGGUGGCCGGUCCUAUAUAUUAUGUCAACCAGGGCGCUCGAUUCGUGGUAUACGAAGGUGUCGGCUGUACUAACUUUUCCGAGUUCUCAAUACUUGAGAUUCUGAUCAGCAAGUCAUGGGCAGUCAUCCCUCCAUUGGUAUCGGUCGCCGUCUAUUAUCCGAAGGUCGUACGAACCUACUAUCGACAGAUGAGAGAUAUCAACAGCAUUCUACGUAGCCACGACGAGCACUUCACGCGCACAAGUUACACUCGCAUCCUCCGAGUCGUCCUCGCCAGCAUCGACAUCGUGCUCACUCUUCCCAUCGGAAUCGUGACCAUCGCGAUGGAAGUGGUGACGGCGCUCUCUCCUCCCAAGGACUUUCCCUUCUAUCCUGGCUGGACGUACCUGCACACCCGCUGGGACCCCUUCAGCUAUCCGUAUGCCGCACAAGAAGCCUUCGGUACUGCUUUUCUCGCGCAGAACUAUAUCGCCGAAUGGACCUCCCCCGUCCUCGCAUUCGCCAUCUUUGGACUCUUCGGCUUUACAUCCGGAGCGCGUGCAUCUUACUUGCGCGGCGUCUGCGUGAUGUGCAGCUUGUUGGGGUGGAGGUCUGACCCAAGCGACAGGAAGAGGAACAGGCAACUCGGCGAGAUCGAGUUCGCUGUGGCGCGUCCGCAGGAGACCAUUUCUGAUAUUGAACUCGGACUGCAUAUGCCCAAUUUUACCGAAACGUUCGCGCUCGUACCGAGCCAGAUCGAUCACUGCCCACAGGACACUACGGACGAUAAGUGA